CAUCGCCGACUAACGUUAGGCCAUUUGGACGUGUUCUGUGCAUCGUAAUAUCAUUAAAAUGGCUCCAGUGAAACGUUGAUAUGCUUUGCUGCUAACUAACGCAGAGGACGUCCUUGUUUCAGGGAUGGGACAGCCGCCUGUGGUGAUCCUCCGGCGCCGCAUGAGUGGCAGGUAGCGUUAGUGACGGUGCAAAAGCAAUGUUGUGCCGCUGUGCACAAUGAAGAAAAUAUUCAGCUUCACCAAGAAGAAGAAACACCCGUCCGGUACUCCUGACAAUGGGAGUGUGCUUUCGGUUGGCUAUGACCUGAAAGAUAAGGACCUCGGGAAGGUUCACAAGGCUGCAUCAGGGGGUGAUUUGGCAAAGUUGAGGCAGCUCUCCAAAAAGAAUGAUAUCAAUCAACUUGACAAGGAGAACAGAACUGCACUGCAUAUUGCCUGCGCCAGUGGACAUGCUGAAGUGGUGCAGUUUCUCGUUGAGAGCAAAGCCAAGCUUAACCUAUGCGACAAUCAAAAUAGAUCCGCCCUAAUGAAGGCAGUGCAGUGCCAGCACGAUUCCUGUGUGAAAAUACUGCUGGAGAAUCAUGCCGAGCCUAACCUGGUGGACGUCAAUGGCAAUACAGCUCUACAUUUAUCAGCAAACAUCCCAUCCAUGUCCACUACUAUCGCACUGCUGGAGCACGAGGCCGACAUCAAUGCACAAAACAAGGAGGGAUUCACACCCUUGACUGUGGCAGUCCGUGAGGACCAUAUCGAGAUGGCUGAGUUUCUCCUCAAAGAGGGUGCUGAUGUAAAUAUUAUGGACCAAAGCCAAAGGUCCGCUUUAAUGAUCGCUGCCGGCAAUGGACAAAUCAGUAUGUUGCGUCUGCUCCUGAGGUUUAACGCCGAUAUCACACUAAAAGAUACCAAAGGAUGGUCAGCCGAUGAAUAUGCCGUGAUAAAUGGGCAUCAUCCUUGUUCCCUCCUGAUCAUUGAGCACAGUACCCUGAAGAAUGAAGGGCCCUCUAUAUCAUAUCAAGGUCAGAGCAAGAAGAAGAAAAACACAGUGCUGGGUAGUCCUCCCCAAAACGUUGAAGCAGGCUUUUCUUUGGGAGGACCAGCCACUGACAAAGAUGAGCAUGGAGCAAAUGAAGCAAGGGGAGAUUUUGAAGACAAUUCUCAGUCGGAGUCUUUAAGUCGAGUUUCAAAGAGUGCUGCAGAUGAGUGGGCUUCAUCAGAUGAUGAUGAUGAAUCUGUUUUAAUCGAAAAGAAACCACAAAAGGUAAACCUGAGGAAAAUGAUUGCAUCUAAAAGAGGAGCUUCUGCAAUACCUGACAAGUCCCUGAGCGGUACAGAGUCUGAACCAGAGAGUGAGAAUAGAGUCCAGAGAAUCCCAUCCUUCCCAAAGGCUUUACUGUCCAGCAAAGCUCCACUGCGCCCAGUAGAUCCUUCUCCCAUUUCCUUCCUCUCCAAAGCACCCCAGAUGUCUUCUACCCCUCAUCCAAGUUACAAAAAGGCCAGAGUCUCAGGAGGGAAGCCCAGAAGCAGAGGAGGAAGAAGAAGAAGAAGAGGAGGAAGAGGAGGAAGAGGAGGAGGAGGAGGAGGAAGAGAAGAAGAGGAAGAGGAAGAAGAGGAAGAGGAAGAAGAAGAAGAAGAAGAUGAGGAUGACGACCAAGAAGAGCAUGAAGAUGAUGAUGAUGAUGAGGAAAGUGAAGAGGAGGAUGAAGAAGAUGAAGAAGAGAAUGAAUGCGAGGAAGAGGAGGACGAUGGAAAAUGUGUGGCUUCUGUUGAGGCCAACACGACUGAAUUUGAAGACAAACCCUCUGUUGCCGCUGCUCUUAACAUCAUUGACGCUGACAAUCCAGCCGGUGCUGACAUCAGGGAAACUAGUCCUGGUUUUGUAGGAGAUUCAGAGAAAGAUGCCACUGUCCACCCGGCUGGAACAAUUAGUUACGCACUGCCGGCAACAUUAGAUGUAGAGGAUGACUGUAUCGUGUCAGCCAUUAGGGUAGAAUCUAAAUUUUCCGAUGAAGAUGACAGCCUUGGUUCAAAAGGAGGCCCCCUGCCUUCCAGACUUCACAAAGAAACUUCACCAAUGGUGGUGAAUGAGGAAGAGUUUGAAGGAGAAAUGGAAAAUGAGGAUGAUUCCUGGAGCAAUACACAAAACAGCGGGGAUGCGGUGAGUAAUGACGGACUAGCAAGGGGAAGAAAUGUGAUUCCUAAAGAUGGAGGUGAAAAUACACAUGGCUUUUCUGAUGCUGCAUCAAACAAAGAAUCUUUGAAAGAGAAUAAACGCAGAUCUUCAUGGGGCUCCUCAUUAGAGGACAGUGACGAUGACCUACCCAAAGAAGAUGAGGUAAAAGAUGAGACCCUUGAUCAGAAAAGUAAUGUUCAAGCACCAGAUUUACAGCUAGAAGCAGAAACACUGCCUUCAAAAUGCUCAUUACCUCAACCAAAGGAACAUCACCCAGAUACCUCAUGGGAUUCUUCCUCACCAGUGGUACCUUCUCCAAAAUGUGUCUCGCAUCAGUCAGUGAUAGAUGAACUUGUGUCUGCUUUGGGGCUACGUUCAAAACGCACCCUUCAGUCUAAAAACAGACUAGCCAAAGCAACAGCAGAUGAAUCAGAGUGGGAUUCCUCUUCUGAAAAUAACCAUAAAGACGAUGCGCAUUCACCAAAAAUGAUAUCAUCAAACCAGACUGGGGAGCAGCAGUGUUCUGAUGACUUUGUAGAAGAUAAAGAAAGUGUUAAUAAAGUUUUAAAUGACCCUUCUACUGCAUUGUCACCAGUACCUGAGGAUGAAAAGGCAACCAAAAUCCAAAAUCUAGAUAACGAUGAUGUUGAAUCAUCACAAAAGGAAGAAAUAUUAAAGUCAGAGAAUGAAGAAGGCGAUGAUAGCAGUUGGGAUGAUGAGGAUGAGUCAGAAAAGCAGAAGACAAUGGUGACAAAGGAUGAUGACGUUGCAGUGAAGUCAAGUCAUUCUACCCCAAACAAGUCGAGGCCCACGAGUGCAAUAGAGAAGAAGUUGGAGGGAGAUGAAGACAAUGAACAAGAAUCUAUUAUUGAUGGAAAGGAUGACACCGUAGAGGAUUACAGGCUGGAGGAGGAAGACAAGCUGGUUGACGUUGACAAAGAUAAUUCCAGCCGAGAUGAUGAGGCAAGUGAGGACUCUGACAGCAGGGACCAGAGGCUGCAGUACGAUUUCACCAGCACAACAGUCAAAGUGUCUGACGACGAAGACAAGGCCAGAUUAACUGCAUAUGUGCCGCUAGAAAAUAAAAGUGCCAUAAUUUCCCACACAACAGUGUCACCAGAUGACCUCAAUGAGGAACCAACAAAGAAAAAUAGUUGUUCAAGCCCUCGCACUGCCGAUCAACACCAUGACAAGAACACAUCGUCUGAGGAUGAAGCGUUACCUCAGACCGACAUUGAUGAUGUCGAUGUAGUCUCACCUGAUGAAGCAGAGAGCUUAGGCAUGAACGGUCAAGAGGUCAGAAAGAUUGACGAGCCGGUCAAUCAGAAAGAAGAUUCCACUGGGGAUGAGGAUGACCAGGAUGAGGAGAGAGAUGAUGAUGAUGAUGAUGAUGAUGAUGAUGACGAGGAGGAAGAGGAGGAUGUCUCAGAUGAUAAUGAACAACUUGAAGCGAGUGGAGAGUCUCUUGAGGCCACCUCAGCUGUUCCUGAAACAGAAGUUUCUCAAGAUAAGAAAAGGGAUUUCCUGUCUGAGCUGGGUCUAGAGCAGGAAGAAGAAGAGCAGGACUCUUGGGACUCUGAGUCCCACUCUGAAAACCCCAGUAAGCCACAGGAAGAGAAAGAAGUCUCGCUUAUCAAAGUUAAAGAAGAGGCGGCCACUGUCGAAGAAGAGAGGAAAGAAGACUUGUUUUAUAUUCCCUCGUUUUUAAGAGGGGAAGGAGGCAAUAGGAUGGCAGUCCUAGAGCCUCGGAGGAGUGUAGGCAGGCCGAGAGGCAGCCAGGGAGAGGUUGGAAACAACAAUACUGGUGAUAAUAGAGAAGAGGAUGUUGAGAGAGAUGAUAGUAUACAGAAAGAGACUGAGAAGUCAAAGUGGGAACCUCUCCGUGUUUUGAGCAAACUUGAAGGAGAUCAAGCACAACAGACAGACUUAAUGGAAGAGCUCGGUCUGGGAGAUGUUGAUGAUCUUGAAGCUAAAAGAAGAGAUGCGUCAGACUGGGACUCGGCCAGUACUGCCAGUAAGAGAACCCUGCCUGGCCGCAAAAUGCCCUCCCCUGGACUCGAGGAGUUCCCAGAAUGCUCUUUUCCACCUGUUAAAGAGCAGGAUGAAAACCUUGCUACAGCUGCACCUCCGACAACUCCAAGGAGCAUCAACCCCAACAAAACCACACCCAGCACACCCCCUCAACCCGUGCCCCAACCCCAACCUCGAGUAAGGAAGAUAGUGGCACCGAAACCAGAGAGUGAAGAGGAAUCAGAUUGGGAACCAGACAAUGUGGCGUCCACUAAUACUACAGACAAAGUUGACAGUCAGCUGCAAAACCUAGCUGAGCUUCUGGCAGGUUACACCAGACUCUCUGUCCCCUUAGGUUCCCCUGAGCUCUCACCGAUGGCAGGAGACACCAAAACUAACGAAGAAUCUGACCAGGAGCAACACAAGGAGGUAAAUGAUGCAGUAGAUACAUGUGAGCUAGAUCUAAAUAACUCUAAUCCAUCUCGCCAUGUGGGCUCUGACGGUGGAGAAAAGGAUUAUAACUUUAAAGAUCAACACAGUCAUGAAAAAAGGGGUGAAGGUAGUGAUAGUGUCCCAUGGGAGAAUCGCUACGAGAAGCUCUGGGUAGAGGUGGAAAAACGGGAGGUGAAAUCCACCUUCAAGAACGUUGCUGGGGAAUUAAAAGAGAAGUUUGGAGAACUGCUUCGAUCACGACGGUCUGCAGAAGAACAGGCCGUUGCUGAAUCUUCUUCUGCAGAAGAAGAGUCGAGCGAUGAAGAAGAAGAUGGGGAAGUGAUUGUGCGCCCAACGGCCAGAGCAAGGUGUACCGUCCUUCUCACCAUACCCGAGCAGAGGGAGUCUGGACAGGAAGACUCUCUGGCGGAUUCAACUGACAACUCCUUAUGCGAGGACCCGAAGCAGGUCUGUGACCCCCCCCCACGUAGUCAGAGCAACAUGUGUCGAGUCCCAGAUUUAGUCACUGACGAUGUCCUUGAGGAGCACAGCUCUCCGUCACCUCAACUCACCACCCCAAAAAGAGACAGCUGCGUAGAUCACGUUACCACAGCUUUAAAUGAUAAUCAAACCAUGCCCGUAUCAGAUGUUGACUGGAGCACAUUCCUUAAGGAUGAGGCCAAACUAAGGCCAUCCCAAAAACCACAUCUGGACCUCAUCUCGAAGGACAGCAGUGCUAAUUUAGAUGAAGCUGAGAAAAACAAUGCCUGUUCAGAAGAGGAUCCUGAGGAAUUUGCCAAGUUUCAUGCACCCUCAACGAGCAGACGUUCAGCAUCUAUCCCAGGUGUUUCUGAUGAAGCGCUCGAGGAGCACAUGGGAAGAUUUAAACUUGAGGUAGGGGUGCUGAAGGUUUUCUUCCAGGAUUUGGAGAAAGAAAAGGCCCAACUCCAGAAAGAGGUUGGCAAAGACACCAGAACGGCUGCAAUGGAGGUGCAAACAUCCAGUACCUCUUGGGAUUCUGGUGAACAGGCAUUCGAAGAAGUGGGCACUGAGAAACCUGAAACCAGGUUAGGAGGCCUGUCAAGUCCAGCUGGAAAAAUGCAUCAGGAGAAGCAACCUGCAGCCACCAAGAGCACCAACGCGGCACCAGUGCAAUUGCGUCUCCCGCUCCAGCAGAUCUACAAUAGCAGCAAACAGGAGGGACAAGCUGUAGAGGAGACCUUACAGCUGGAGCUGGUCCGAGGGGCCCCGCACAGCAGAGCCCCUCAGACCAACGCUCAUGUCAAUGGAGAUCCUCUCUCUGUGUUUGACGAUAGCACUUUAAGUGAAGUGUCGGACGAUGAAGGAAGGUUUCCAGUUAGUGGACAACAGAAAAACAAGGAUCCUGAAGAAGUGGAGAUGGCCGAAGACUUUGAUGAACUCACUCAGUCGUCCGACACAGCCACAGACGACAUCGACUCUCCCACUUCAGGCUAUCGCCACGCAUCUCUCCUCAUUCAGAAGCUGGACUCAGCCACUUUGGAUUCGAGAAGCAUGGUGAAGCUGCAGAACAUUUUCCACGAGUAUGAGCGCUCCAUCCAAAAGGCAAGGAGUCGCCAUGGGUACCUGUCAGACAAGGUGAGCCAGCUGGAAAUGGAGCGGGCGGAGUUGAAAAGCUCUUUGGAGGAAGUUAAAGAUGUGAAAUCGGCCUUGGAGCGCAACCAGCUGGAACUGCAGACUGAAGUCACAAACCUCAAAUUUCAGCUGAAACAGGAGCAGGAAAAUCGCCGCAACGCCACCAUGAUGUACAACACGACCCGAGACAAGCUUAGGAGGAUGGAGGAGCAGCAUCAGGUCGAGGUGCAAGAGAAGCAGAAGGUGGAGCUCACCCUCAGGAACCUGGAGCUGGAGAUGAGAACACUGGUCAACAGCAUGAAACAGCUUGAAGAGGACCACAGUGAGACCCAGAGACUGCUGGCUCAGGAGCGCAGCGCUCGGACGCUGCAGGAGAACCUGCUCAACAGCCAUCUCCGUAAGCAGCAAGAGAUCGAGGACGAGAACAAAAGAAACAUCAGCAAAAGCAAUGAGGCUUUGUCUCAGCUCACCGAGGCCAGUGACAGGGAGAGGGAGCUGCUCCAGCAGACUGCCACCUUCCAGGAGCAGCUGACCAUCCUGAGAGCAGAACUCGAGCGUUCACAGGCCAACGGCAGUCUCAAGAGAGCCACCUCGGAGGAGAAUGAACACCUCAAAGAGCAGCUAGAAGAUGCUCGAAGGGAUCUCAAACUCAACAGUGAAGCCCUGACCCAAACUGUCUUCAACUGCAACAACCAGCUGACCGCCAUGAAGUCUGAGUUAACUAUGACAACCAACCGUCUGGAAAACGAGCGACAGACUCGCGAAACGCUGGACGCAGAGGUCGAUUCCACUCGUGUCCGCCUGGCUGGAGCCGUAAAGGAGGCGGAGCUUUGCCUGGCAGCUCAAACAGAGACUGAGAGAGCUCUGCUCCGGGAGAAAGAGGAACACCAGCGUCUUAAAGACAGACUCACAGGUGAAGUAGCCAAUCAACGUGAGUCAGUCAGCAGCCUUUCCCAGAAGCUUUCCAAGGCAGAGACUCGUGCUAACAGCCUAGAGAAUGAAGUUCACCGGGCCACGCUGCAGCUGACGGAGAAAAGCCUCCUGCUGGACGUCCUGCAGCGGGAGAAGGACCAGGGGGCUGCACGUGUGAAGGAGCUAGAAGCGGCGCUGCAGGUUAAGGAGGAGCUGGCCAACCGCGCCGGAGCACGGCAAGAGGCCGCACAGGAGCGACUAGCCCAAACCCAGAGUGAGAGCAUGUUACUACGGCAGCAGCUAGAGGAGGCCCAGAACAAAGGCGUUGCAAAGGAGCGUGCAGUGACAGACGCCCAGGAUCGCUUCAGUGAUAUCCUGUCCAAGCUGCGCUCUGACAGCGAGGAGAGGGUGCAACUAGUGGAGGAGAGAAGUAAGGAGCUCGCCAGUAAGGCUGCCGACCUCCGAGAUCAGAUCUACAAGCUAGAGGAAGAGAAGAGCGAGCGAGAGACUACUGUAAGGCAGCUGCAGCAGGAGCUAGCUGAUUCGCUCAAGAAGCUGUCAAUGAGUGAGGCUUCUCUGGAGGUCAACACACGCUAUCGCAAUGACCUGGAGGAGGAGAAGGCCCGGCUCUUUAAAGACUUGGAAAGGCUCAAAGGAAAGCUGGAGGAAAGUGAAGACCUGUAUGUGCAAUCUGAGAGGCGCAUUAACAGUCUGAAGAACAGCCUGGAUGAGAGGGAAAAGGAGCUCUCCACCUCUCUUCAGAAACACCAGGAGGCGCUGUUAGCCUCGGCAGCUUCUGACACCACCAUCAAGCAGCUGGAGGAAGCUAUGCAAAGGCUGGAGAUAGAGAACGCCCGGCUGGAAGCUGCUGCAAAGCAACAGGCCAACAAAAUUGAAGCUCUUCAGAAAGGCGCUCAGGAGUCUGCCAUGCAAUCUGACUGCUCGCCUGGAGAAGGGGUGAGAGGUCAUUUGGAGGAGUUGGUAACAAACCUCCAAAGCAGUAAGAUGACUUUGGAAGACCAACUCAAUCGAGAGGUCCAGAAGCAGAGCAUGCUGUCCCACACAGCGCAUGACUCUCAGGCCUUGUGGGAGGAGGAGCUGAAGAGCCGCUCUAAGCUGGGACUGCGUCUGGCAGAGCUAGAAAAGGAGAAAGGAGACCUGAGCACCCAGAUGGAAAUAGAAAAGAAAAAAGCCAAGAAGAUAGCGGAACAGAAGAAAGCUGUAGACAGCCGACUGGACCAGGAGAUGCAGAGAAACACAGAGCUCCAAAAAGAAAUGUACAGGUUGCGUACUUUAGUGAAGACUGCCAAAAAGAAACUGCGGGAUCAGGACACGGGCGGAGCUGAUUUUGGCUCUCCUAUGGGCAGCCUACGGAUGGAGCAAGGCAGACACAGCCAAGCCGAGGGGGCGUUUGGACGAAUGAAAGAAAAGGUGGACGAUCUGCAGGUGCAGCUGGAGAAGGAAGCGUCCCGUCGCAGUCAGCUGGAGAAGGUGAACGACGACCUCCAGGAUCAGCUGGCCUCCCUGAAAAGCUCAAGCCGAGGCAAUGAGCAACUGGAGAGGAGUAAGAGGCAGUUGGAGGAGGAGGUGCUGGACCUGAGGCGCCGACUGGAGGCCGUUCAGAUAGAGCAGAGCCAGGUGGAGCAAUACCGCCGGGAUGCUGAGGACAGGGCCCGUCAGGAGAUCCAACAGAAACUGGAGCAGGUCAACAUCUUUCUGCAGUCCCAGGCUGCAUCCCAAGAAGCGUUGGAUCAGAUCAAAGCGGCCAAUGAGACCAACCUGCGCUCCCAGCUGGAGCAGAAGAUCCGGGAGAUGGAGGGGGAGCUGAGCCGGGCCCGCACCACCCAUCAUGACAGCCUCAACCAAAGAGACUCCACACGCACGGAGCUGGAGCGAUACCGCCAACUCUACGCCGAGGAGCUGCGGGUCCGCAAGUCCCUCGCUGCCAGACUUGAGAGGGCCAAUAGUCGACUUUCAGAAGCCAAUUCCAAGCUGCUCAAUGAGCGCAGCCGGGCUCUGAUCACCAGCAGCAUCGCAAACGGUAGCCUUGGAGGGCCCACGCUGGACGUGAGCGCUCUUGGUUCACCAUUACACUACGGGGCCACACUGGGGCCCCUGAACAGGAGUCUUGGCCUGGGACUCUCCCUACUUAACCCUGUAACGGAUGGGCACAACAGCAGGGUGGAGGACUACCUAGCAAAGAUGCAGAGUGAGUUGGAUAGAAACAUAUCAAAGGAAUUAAACAACGCCACAGCAGAGCUGGACGUAGCUUCGGCCCGGAUGUCACCGGUGGGCUCUGCCUCCCGGGUGGAGCUGGACCCCGUCAGCAGAGCGACGCAGCAGUACUUAGAGGUACUCAAGAAGAACAACAUGAUCUGAACACACAUCAGCACUGCUGCUCGCGGUCAUUUUAGCCAACAACAAAACUUAAAAUACUGACUGUAUCAAAAGCAGGCCAAAGCAACCGGCGUUCAUACAACACCAUAAUCCAGCUUCGUAUUUACUCUCCUUUCUUUUAUGAAAGAAAGCUAACAUAAUGCACAUUGCACUUAACCACUCAGGAGCAAAGGGCAUGAGUCAUAUAUAUAUAUAUAUAUAUAUAUAUAUAUCUAUGUACAUAUAGAUAUACAGUAUAUUGCAUCAUCGAUGGGUACACAAAGAGAGAACCUCAAAAGUAUUUGUUCCUUCUGUUCAAUCGGUUACUCUAUUGUUUCUAUUAGAACAGUGUGUAUAUAUAUAUACAGAAACGUGGUUUGGCUUUUUAUUUGUGAAUAUUGGUUGCUAAAUUUGAAGUAUUUGAUGUAUGCAUCAUUAUUAAUCUUGCCAAGAUAUUACAUUUGGUACGUGCCAUCAAAUGGUGUAAUAUCAGUCUUGGUCUUACUUUAUUAGACUCAUUGGAGAAAUGUGUUUGUGAUUAUUUAUUCAUUAAUGUUUUUUUUAUGAACAUGAUAUACUUGAAUAAGACGAGCUGGAAAGCUCUCUGGCUGAAACAGGGUGACUACAUUUGUGUAACUCAUAUUUCAGAUUUCUGUUGGCUUGUUUCUUUGGCCACUAAAAGUGAAACACACUUUUUUGUUGUUGUUUGUUAGUUGUUGUUUUUUUCAUCAUUCAUAAAUACCGUAACAUAAUACACAUGUAUGACGCCUGUACAUUACAGAAGACUCUAAAGUUGUAAUUAAAUAAUAAAAUGAACUUGAGUGAGCUGGGGUGAACAUUCAAGAUCUUAUAAAAUGACCGUUUUAUUUUAUUUUAUUCACCAUCUUUCUGAAAUAUAUCGCUUAGAUGCUUCAAAGGAAUCCUAAAAUGUGACUGAUUUGAUUUAAUUAGUCGUAAGGAACAAACAUAAAGUACACGUCUAGAUAUGAUAUUGAACAAACAAGAAGAAGAAAACUAAAACAUGAAAUGCAGAGUAUAAAAUCCAUCAUGGGGCACGGGCUUGCUAAGACACAUUGUUUAAAAAUAAAUAUUAUUAAUAAUUGAGUCAUCAUAAACAAAUACUGAAAUUAAAUGUAACUACUAUAUAUUUCCUAAGGGAUCCUUACCUGCACCUGGGUUAAAAACAAAAAAAAUACAAAUGCUGGAUAUCCCUGCUACAUUACAGACUUAAAUCCUAUAACAUGCACGCCGGAUUAUUAUAGGGGUUACUUAAUUUACAGAUGUUACAAUACCAAAAUAAAAAGUACAUUUAA